AGCCGAGUGACAGGAGACUAUAUCACUCCGCUUUAGGCAUGGAACCGCCGGAAGGUGGAAUGCUCCUAUCUCGGUUGACUUUAUGCUGGUUGGUGAUUUCCAGAAGCAUGCUGUCAGUGUCACUGAGUAAGGUACCGAUCCUGGUCUGCCAUGAACAAGUAUUUCAGGUUGUGUUGCUGAAGUCCGAAAGCACCAGGCAGCUCUUAGAAGGUCUAGGAGAGGUGCGCUCUAAUGAUGAGUAUGUCUUGCCUUUCCAUGGGGCGCGAUUGCGUCUUUCGAGCACCUCUUCUUCGACAUGAAUAUUCGACGCGACAUGGUCAAUGUAGUCGCAAGGUACUUGGUUCUCGUAGAGAUGAAGUCGAUCCAAACUCAAAGGCACCACUCUAGAGACAAUUAGGGUAGCAGGCUCAACAUGCAUAAUUGGUGGGAUAUAGCAGCAGCCUGGGGAAGGAGACUAAGAACUACCAACGAUGAGUAGUGUCAACCCUGGCCUACACAACCUCGUGGAGCUCCAAACAGGAAAGCCACAUGCCGUCUCACUGCUAGCUUGGAUGCACCAUCAUGCUAUACAGGGGACCAUCCCAAGGAGGUGAUUGUUUCUCAUCAAAAUCACCAUAGAAGGAGACUCGUCCGAAUUGCUGACCAAGGUUUCUGCUCUCCUGCCAUGGUAGGCAAUUGUGGGAGGGCCAUGUGGGAUUAUCACCCAUCGGCUAUGGAAUUAUCACAAAAGAAAAGUAUGGUCAUAGAGUGGAUUGGGGUCAACCAGGCGAAAUCACCCGAGAAGAGCACAAAGCGUAUCGAGGAGAGGGGGAUGAACGAAGGUCGGGUCAUACGUAACCUCCAGGCAA